AUGAUUAGUGAAUCCAUGUCAUUUGAAAAAGAAAUGGAAAUUAAAAAAAAAAGAGAAUCUAGAAGAGAAAGAUCUAAAUUUGAAGAUAUAUAGUAUUAAUUUUAUUUAUAUAAUUAGAGAAGAGAAUGAAUCUUAGAAAAUGACAUGUUAUGAAAGUAUAUUAAAUUGUAUGGGUUCAUGUUUUGGAACAUUAAGAGCAUGGAUUCCAUGUUGUUUUUGUUGUUGUCCUUAUCCAUAUUAUCUUGUUACUUAAGGUUAAAAAGGUUUACUACAAAAAUUUGGUAAAUAUGUAAAAACUUUAGAUUCUGGGCUUCAUGAAAUAAAUCCGUAUUUUAUUUAUUCAUUAUUCUUAGAUUUACUGAGAGAGUUAUACCUGUCAGUACUAAAACAUUGUAUAAUAUUCAGAUUAUAUUUCAGUAUCAUAGAUUUAGAAAGAUAACUUGUCUUAACUAAAGAUAAUAUAACUGUCAACAUAGACACUAUUGUUUAUUAUAGAGUUGUAGAUGUUAUGAAAUCAGCAUAUAGAGUUAAAAUGAUUGUUGAAGCAAUCAAAGAAAUCACUUAUGCUGUAAAACAUAAAUCACUCUAUUUCUAUAGACUUUACGUACCAUUUGUGGAGAACACACUUUAUAAGAAAUUAUAGAAAAUAGAUAGAAAAUAGCAGAUGAAAUUGAAGGAUUCAUUUUUGAUGUUGUUUCUGAAUGGGGUAAUCAUUUCUUAUUAUUAAGGUAUUUAUUUGGAACAUAUUUUCAUUAAGGAUAUGUUAAUGAAUGAAGAAUUAUAAAGUUCAUUAUCUAAUGCACCAAAAGCAUAAAGACUUGCAUAAUCUAAAAUUAUUUCAGCUUAAGUAAAUAUAAUAAUACAUUUAUAGAGUGAUGUCACUGCUGCAAAAUUAUUAAGAGAAGCUGCUGAUAUGUUAGACUCUAGAGCUGCCAUGUAGAUUAGAUAUUUUGAAACUGUUUAAUUGAUUGCUAAGAAUCAUAAUCCAAAAAUACUUUUUCUAUCUAUGGAUUAAUAAAAUCAAAAAAAAUGA